AUGUAAUUAUAGAAUAAAGUGGGGCUUAUAUCGAAUCUGCUCGAAUACAUACCUUUGUAGGAGGUAACCUAGAAGCAAGUCCUUUAAGAAGUUCAUUUUAUUAUAAAUGGGCUUUAAUCAACAAUAUUAGGCACUUAAGAGUAAAAUCCAUAGGUUAAAGUCUUCUUAUAUAAUUUCUAUAAUCAUAUGAAAUUAAUAGAAUAAGAUUUUGGAUAUGGGAUUUAGAUAAGAGAAUCCAGACGUUAUAAGUAGUUAUUUUCAACGAAGACGAAAAUAGUGAGACAAUGA